AUGCCUAAUAUAUUCUUCCGAGUGCGUGCCGUUAAAAGGGUUUUAGCGGAUCUUAGCAUAAAUAAGUCUCCUGGACCUGAUGGCAUACCGGCACUGGUUUUGAAGCAGUGCUCUUCGACGUUAGGUCGUCCAUUAGCUAAUAUUUUCAGCAUCCUAUACCAUGCCGAUAAAUUUAAUGCUUGCUGGAAGAUUGCUAAUGUCACACCAAUUCCUAAAAAGGGAGAAAAUUAUCGCCCAAUUGCAAUUUGUUGUGCACUUUCCAAAGUUAUGGGAAAUGUGGUUAAUUUCCAUCUUGUCAAAUAUCUAGAGACCAACAAUUUACUUAAUGUCAUUCCAUUUACCAUUUUGCCUAACAGUGUUGCUGACAAAUCUGUAUGUGUUGAAGACCUUCCAGAAAAUACCAAGGCGGUGGAGGAAGCAGAUGUUAGCCUUACUAUUAAGGAACAUGCUGAUGGCGAAAUCGACGAAACUAAAACUGUUGUGGAGACUGUGACGGAAAAGUUAAAGGAAGAAGACGAUGAAGAGGAAGUCGAGGAAAUUAUCGAAGAAGUAGAAGCCGAAAAUAAUGACGAAGAAGUUGAGGAAGGUGUCACUCAAAAGAUAACUGAGAAGGUAGUUGAUAAUCCAGAUGGCGAACAAACGAAAACUAUUACCGUAACAACUGUAAAGAAAGUAACACCUAGUGGCACUAAGACUGUUGUAACUACUACAAGCUCAACUAAAGAAACACCAACAAUUAUAACAUCGACACCACCGACACCCACAACAGAAGAAGUAAAAACUGAAACAAACGCUGAAGCGCCGAUCGAAAAAACUGUUAAGAAACAAGUUUCAGAAGAAAAGAAAGAAAAACAUAACGAACACGAAGAAAAGGAGGAAGAGGAGAUAGAAGAGGAAGAAGAAGAGGAGGAGAAAGAAGAAGCAGAAAAAGUAAAUGAAGAAGUUUGCAAGAAGUUGGACGAGGAAACGAAAAAGUCUGAUGAAAGUUCCCGGCAAAAAGUACAACAUGAUCAGAUUCCAUCAAAAGCUGAAUCACAACCAUCAAUUGCGGCACCACCUGUUAAGGAAGAAAUAGUCACAGAUGCCCCUUCAGCCGCAGCUAAAACUAAUCAACAAGAAAAUGUUAAACAGGUAAUUAAUUAUGAACAUUAUAAUUUAUUGCCAAAAUUUUUUUAUUCAUUAAAUAUUAAACAUUUGGCCACAUAUGUGGAAGAUCGCCUUCAAUGA